UGCAGCUUUUGUACAUAACAAAACCCAACUAAAACCUCAAUUCGGGCCCAGAUAUUAACUUCGCUCAUUUUGCACUCCACUACGCUUGAUUCAACGCCUUUUUGCACUGGUCCCCUGAAGUGCCCAGUCACUAAGACGAGGAGAAAUAGAGCUUAAAAUCUUUCGGGGGCAUAUAUGUCAGUCGGCCAUUUAGUUCUGCUGGUUUCAUUUGCCCUGUGGAGACGUUAAUAAGUAUAGCAGAUCAAAUGGAUUAUCAAUCAUCUACUUUGCUGUUUCAUUUCCAGAAUUUUGGUAAUCUUGUUAUCUUCUAAAUUCCGGAAACUGUACUUCCUGAUUUUGUUUCUCUUAGAAAGGUUUGGGCCUGCCAAGGGCCCUAACAAACCUGUUGGGUGGCAUAAAAUUCCAUCAAACUCACCAGUGAACCGCAUUGCCAUUUACUACUUCAAGGACUUGAAUCAUAUUGUCAGUGGAUGAAAGAGUGAAAAGAAAGAAUGAAAUAUGUUAAGCAUCUGGAAUUGUUUCAAAUUCUUUUAAAGAAAGAUAAGCCACAAACAGGUCGGUUGUUAGGAAUGGAUGUUGGUGAGCGAUUUGUUGGCCUUGCUGUUUCAGAUGCCUCAAAUGAAAUUGCAUCACCUCAUAGUGUGCUGAUACGGACGCGGUCAGAUGUUAACUCAAUUGCAGACAACUUGCAAGAGUUGCACUUGGUGACGACUUUGACGGUUGGUGCUAGGCAAUUUGAUGUGUAUUCUGAUGUCGCCAGUAAGUUCAGAUGGAUUAAGGUGGAUCAAUUCUCUUUGGUUGGGUUUGUUAUUGGAUAUCCAUUUCCUAUGUAUAGAUUUCAAUCCACACAGGCAUUCCAAGUGAAGCAAUUUGUGGACCAACUUAAGAAGAUUUCUAGAUUUGAAGGUUUGGUCUAUACAUACUGGGAUGAAAGAUUCACGACAAAGGCAGUGGAGUCUAUGUUGAAGCCUUUGGACUUGCAUCCAUCACAUAUGAAACGAAUUUUGGAUAAAUUUGCUGCGGUUGGCAUUCUACAGGGUUGUCUGGACGAUUUUCAACGGCAGGUAAAGUGUUGUGUAGAGCCUGAUUCAUGAAAGUCAUUAUGCAAGCUUCCAUUACAGGGUGUUUCCUCUUCACUUAUAUUCAACUCUAAACCUUUGAAACAUUAACACUACCGGAUUUCCCCAUUUGCCAAUGUCCAUUCACUUUGUAUUUGUAAUAAUGGGGUUUUCGUUUGAAAGCAAUUGGCAGAAAAUUAAUUCUUAAAUUGUGUACAUAAAAGUAAUCUGUUGCUGAGUGAAAACAUGCUAUCCAUGGAUUUGCUAUGCCAAGAUCGUAGUAUUAGCUUAUUAGCAUAUUCCUAUAUAUUAUUAUACUAAUGUAUAUUGCCUUCUAUA